CUCACACGCGGCGAAUCUCUGACUCGAGUUUGUUAUGGUUCGGUGAGUUCAGUGUUCCUUUUGCGGAAGAGUUUCUCAAGUUUAUUUCUCAAUAAUUUGUGAAAAUUUGCCUAGCAGGCCUAGUAUUUGUGAUCAGGAGCAUUUUGUUGAAUUGAAAUCUUAGCAAAUUACCCAAUAAAAAGCCGUGAAAAUUGUAGUAAAAGUGACAUAACCUCAAACAAUGUCUUCCGGACACAAAUGCCGAAAUUGCGGCUCCGCUGACAUUGAAGUGGAUAGCGCCCGUGGGGAUGCCGUGUGCACGAAUUGUGGGUCUGUCCUGGAGGACAAUAUUAUAGUGUCAGAAGUGCAAUUUGAGGAAAAUGCCCAUGGAACUUCCAACACCGUUGGUCAGUUUGUGUCAGCUGAUUCCAAGGGCGGAGCCACAGUUUAUGGGAAGUUUCAUGUUGGGGUGGGUACUGAAUCCAGGGAAGUAACCCUGAAGAAGGCAAGGGAAGGCAUCACUCACUUGUGUCAUCAGCUGCAUCUCAAUACUCACUGCAUUGAGACUUCAUGCAAUUUCUUCAAGAUGGCCCUAAACAGGCAUCUGACCAGAGGCCGGAAGAACAGCCACAUCUACGCUGCCUGUGUCUACAUCACAUGCCGGACAGAAGGGACUUCCCACCUUCUCAUCGAUAUCAGCGAUAUCCUUCAGAUUUGUUGCUAUGAACUCGGCAGGACAUACCUCCGAUUAUCCCAGACUCUCUGCAUCAAUAUUCCAUCAGUUGAUCCCUGUCUCUACAUCAUGAGAUUUGCCAAUAAACUUGAAUUCGGCGAUAAAACUCAUGAAGUUUCGAUGACGGCUCAGCGGUUGGUGCAGCGCAUGAAGAAAGAUUCCAUCCAUACUGGACGUCGACCGUCAGGCCUCUGUGGAGCUGCUCUGUUGCUCGCUGCCCGGAUGCAUGAAUUCAAUCGGACUCCAAUGGACGUUGUGAGAAUUGUGAAGAUCCAUGAGUCAACAUUGAGGAAGCGUCUACUGGAGUUUGGAGAUACCCCGAGUAGUGCUCUGACGCUGGAGGAGUUCAUGGCUGUGGACUUGGAGGCCGAGCAAGAUCCGCCAGCAUUCAAAGUGGCCCGGAAACGAGACAAAGAACGCAUCCAGAAGAUAGCUGAAAAUGAGGCAGAAUUCACGGCUCUGCAGAAGGAAAUUGAUGCUCAGCUCGAUAAGGAUUUCAAGAAGUCCAACAAGAAGAUGGCUGCUGAGCUGGGAUGUGAGAAUCUGGAGAUGACAGAGACGAGUGAUUUCAUUCAUCAAUCGACGCUGGAUGUAAUAAAUGAGUGUCUAACUGAGGAUCCGGAUGAUUUUGGGUUGGAGCAGGAUACGCAGCAGAUUCGAGGAAUUGGUCCGGAUAUUGAAGCCAUGUGCGUACCAACGCCGACAACGACAACUGUGGACACGGGAAAUUUGCUGGCAGACGGAGGGCUUUUGGAUGAGAAUUUGUCGAAUCUCGAAGAUGUGGACGAUGAUGAGAUAAAUGGGUACAUUUUGACAGAAGAGGAAGCACGAAUGAAGAGUGAAAAUUGGAAAUUGAUCCACGCUGAGUACUUAAAGGAGCAGAAAGAGAAGGAAGAGAGGUUGGCCAAGGAGAGGGAAAAGGGAAAGCCAGAGCGAAAAAGGAGAAAAGUGGUGAAGAAGAAGAACAUUGGACCAUCAAAUACGGCUGGAGAGGCAAUUGAGAAGAUGCUGCAGGAGAAGAAGAUCUCAACGAAAAUCAAUUAUGACAUCCUCAAAGCUCUUACGGCUGCCAAACCCGAUGAACCAGUCACCAAAGUUGAAAGUGAUCCGAUUGUGAAGGAGGAACCUGUGGAAAUUUCACUACCUCGUCGCAAAAAGACUAAACUCACUACAAAUCUCAGUACUUUUGGCUUAAGAAAGGCUCGGCCAGUUCCAACAGCAACUCUAAACACUCACAUUCCCGAUCCAGAGCCUCCGGCAACGCCAAUUGUGGGGAAUGAACCAAUUCCGGAAGAGCCGGAAGAAGAACCAGAAACUGAGGCUGAGCUUGAGCCAGAACCAGAAAGAAAUCCAGAACACAGCUCCUUAGCUGACAUGCUGAAUGGAGAUGAGGAAGAUUAUGAAUACGGAUAUGAGGAUUACUAAGCAGAUAAGUUUUACACGAGAUUUUUUUGCAAUUUUUUAUUGCAGAUUUUUUAUAAUUAUGAUCCAAAAUCUACUUUUAGUUCGUAGGAUUGAAUCUAGAUGGCAACUUUGUAAAUAAGGGAUUUAAAUUAAGUUAGGCUUUGGUUGGGAUAAUUUAUUUCAAUGGACUGAUAAAAGGAAAUGAAUAAAUUAAGAAAAUAAUAAUCCUAAA